AUGGGCUGCGGGACGAGCACUCCGCAGGACAUCAAGCCCGUGGCCGAGCCCGAACAGACGGAAGAGGAGCCCGAAACGUGGGCCUCCAAGCCCUCCAAAGCGGACAGGCCGGCAGUCUCGACGGCUGCUGCGAAGGAUCCCGGAAACGCUUCGACCGCCGAGGCUGCGACCGGUUCAGGUUCACUGCACAAGCCGGUGGAGCACAGUGUCAUGGUGAUGGAUCCGGAUGACGAUGUUGAGGUCAUCUACGAGGGCAAGGGAACCUCCACUGCGAGAAACGUGCUGGAAACGCGCGAGAUAGAGGCCGAGGACGGCCAGACCGACAUAGAUAUGGCCCUUGAUGCCAUAACCGCCGAAGACGACGAGCCGAAGCCUGUCCUCUCGAAGCAGCAGCAAGAAGAGGCGGCCAAGAUGGCCGAGCAUCGGAAGCGGUUCGACAACCAACGGUACCAAAGAGGCCAGUCCGGUUCUGGUGACACAGGUCCCGGGGCUGCGCCGGUGCCGGCGAUUUCUCUUGGACAGGAGAGCAAAGCACCCCACGAGAUUAUGGGUGUCAAUGCCUCUGCCGCCCUCACCCCGAGACAGGCAAGUCUGGAGGAGUGCCUUCCGGGUGGGAUCCUCGAUGAUCUGCCUGGCGAGCAGACUGUCGCACCUCCUCGUGCCCAUCGGAACAAUCAUUUCGACGAUGACGACGAGAUGCUGAUGAAGGAGAUUCUCGACAGCAUCGACGGCUAG